GAGUGGAAACGAUAAAAAUGUGGAAAGUGGUGCUGUGCGUGGUUAUACUACCGUUAGUUCCAGGGUUUCUGGCCGAUGAGCAUUGGUGGAAGCAUGCCAACUUUUAUCAAAUCUAUCCGCGCUCAUUCCGGGACAGUGAUGGAGACGGGAUUGGCGAUUUGCGUGGUGUCAUGGAAAAAGUUUCCUAUUUGCGCCACGAGCUGGGUGUUGAUGCGAUUUGGUUGUCACCGAUCUUCAAGUCACCCAUGGCCGACUUUGGAUACGAUAUUUCCGAUUUCCGCGACAUUCACCCAGAGUUUGGCACGAUAGAAGAUUUAGAAAGGCUGGCGGCUGAAUGCAAGAAUCAAGGUCUUAAGCUAAUUUUGGACUUUGUGCCAAACCACAGCAGUGACGAAAGUGAGUGGUUCAUCAAAUCCGUAAACAAAGACCCCACCUAUAAGGACUAUUAUGUGUGGAGCCCUGGCAAACUUUUGCCGAAUGGAACUCGUGUACCACCGUCGAACUGGAUAAGUGUUUUCCGAGGAUCAGCCUGGGAGUGGAAUGAUGUUCGCCAAGAGUAUUAUUUGCAUCAGUUCUUGGUCAAGCAACCCGACCUGAACUACCGGAAUUCGGCACUGGUGAAAGAAAUGAAAGAUGUGCUCACCUUCUGGUUGGAUAAAGGUGUUCAUGGAUUCCGUAUUGAUGCUGUUCCGUAUCUAUUUGAAACCGAAGCCGCCAAUGGCGUAUAUCCAGACGAAGAACGGAGCCAUACAACUGAUGAUCCGGCCAAUCCCGGUUAUUUGAUCCAUACCCAUACUCAAAAUCUCGAUGCCACGUUCGACAUGGUUUACCAAUGGCGCAAGGUUAUCGAUGACUAUAAAGCUGCCCAUAAUUCAGACGACAUUGUGCUGAUGGCAGAAGCAUACACGCCGCUAAUGAACAUAAUUCGUCUCUUUGGUGACAAUAAUGCUGAAGGCGCACACGUACCGUUCAAUUUUGAGGUAUUGAGCAAUACCUUCAAGGAUACGACGGGAAAACAGUUUUACGACAAUAUCAAGCGUUGGUUAGAUGUUGUGCCAGAGAAUCGCGUCUCGAACUGGGUGCUGGGCAAUCACGAUAACAGGAGAGUAUCGAGCCGAUUGGGUGUAGCUCGGGCAGAUCUGUACCAAAUCGCCCUCAAUGUGCUCCCCGGUAUUGCGGUUACGUACAACGGAGAUGAACUAGCAAUGGAGGAUGUUUACAUUUCGUGGAAGGACACAAUCGAUCCUGCGGCCUGCAACUCCAAUCCGAAGGACUAUAUGCUCUACAGUCGCGACCCGGUGCGUACUCCAUUCCAAUGGGACGACUCUGUAAGUGCAGGAUUUUCCAGCAAUCGCACCACUUGGCUACCGGUGGCUUCGAACUACAGAAGCCUGAACUACAAGGCACAAAAAUCGGCGCCUCGCUCGCACGUGAAAAUUUUCAAAGCUCUGGUGCGCUUGCGCAAGCAACGGACGUUGCGUGAGGGGUCGACCGAUUUGCAGAUGAUCGGAGACAAUAUUAUCGUAAUCAAGCGACACCUUGAGAACGUGAGCACGAUCGUCGCAGUGUUGAACUUCAACAAAACAGCGCAGUCAAUUAAACUCUCGUCUGUCUUCCCAACACUGCCGGCUGUUUUUGAAGUAAUAACUUCCUCAAUGCAAACUGACUACACAGAAGGCUCCAUUGUUGGAAGAGAUGAAAUCACUUUACCAGCAGACGCGGCAAUCGUAUUGGAGGGCAAUACUGCGUACGGCACAUAGUGUACGGAAACAUCCGAGAGAUCUACAAACAGGAAGAUUAAUAAACGUAUAAAUGUUA